AUGACUCGAGGCGAAACACUAGGCGAUAUGGUCUCUCCUCCCGAUGUUGUUGAGGCAGAGCUCCCUACAAUCUCCGGCACUUUGAAUGCCAGCACGGCGCUCACGGUUGAAAAGCCUUCGCUGCAAGAUCAAGUUACCUUCUUCGAAGACAUCUUGGGGUUCACCUUCGAGAUGUUGCGUAUCUCUGACGUGACGGUCAAGCAGCAAGGCGACUCAACGACUGCUACGGUAGUGGUCCAGAUACGCGCCACGCAAGCUGGGCAAGAGCCGUCCAUCUAUGUCCAAGAACGACUGAGCACCAUCGCCGUCAUCCCAGCCGCUUCUACCGCAAGGGCUACAAAGGCUCCAGAGCCCGGUACCGCUGUGCGCCGCUCCUCUGCACACGACCCAGCUGCGUCCAACAUUCCAGCAACGUCCACUACUCCUAAACUACCGAGUAUCCCGAAGGCAGGCGACUUGUUCAUUGAGAAACAGCAAUCAGAUCCUGUGUUCGCCGCAAAACGCACAUCUGGCACCGGCAACGGCCCAUCACGAAAGGUCAAGCGGCCCCGCGGCGCUUCCGGGCCUCAAAAAGAUACGCCCGCUCCACCUAGUUCCGAUCGUGAUCUAUCAGCUCCCACCAUUUCGGAUCAAAAGGCCACAUCAUCAACCGCUGUUCGCUGUAAGAAACCUCUCUACGCUACAGAGUGUCCUUUCGAAAUGAAUGGGAAGUGCAACCGCGCAGCGUGCAAUCUCCUGCAUGAAGACCAACAGGAGUACUUUUUUGGACCACAGUACAAGAUCGACGAGUACCCUUGGAAAAAGGAGAGGCCGCAGAUCGUCAGCGACUUCCAGACAGAUCUCCCGAAGUACAAGAUCAAGCAGUCAGACUGGGACAAGCAAGGGCGCAAGCGCACGAAGUGA